AUGUGGUCACAAAAAGCUGGAAACACGUUUUCUGUGGAUGGACUGGACAUCCGGUGUGGAGAAAGCGGAGUGUCGGUGACCGUGAAGCGGCGCUUCUUCAAACGAAGACGGGUUCCGUUCAGACCCGAGUUUCUGACACUUGGAGACGGUUCUCUUCAGAGGAGCUCCUGUGGACCACAGAGACCGGUGUCUGAUACCGAGAUGGUUCUGUCUGCGGGACUUCAGGACUGCGGGACCGAGUCCAGGGUUCGUGGCAAGUGGCUAGUUUAUUCCAAUCAUCUGUUCCUGUUUCCAGCUCUGUUUCGUACUUCUACAGGGAGUGCGAUCGUCCGAGGGGCGACGACCAUCGUACCUGUGGAGUGCCAUUAUGAGAGGAAGCAGACGGUUAAAGGAGAACCAUUGGCACCAACCUGGGUUCCCAUGACGUCCACCAUUGGUGCCUUUGGUCUUUUGCACUUCUCCCUUCAUGUCAUGGCAGAGGGCUGUUCGUCCCGGCGCGCCUCCUCAGUGUACCAGCAGGGGGAAGCUGUGUUUUUGGAGGCCAGAGUGGAGGCUCCCAAGCACCCGCCGCUGACUCUAAAUGUGGAUUCUUGUGUUGCUACAGCGAAGCCGGACCCUUUUUCACUGCCGAGCUACAAGUUCAUCACCAACCAUGGCUGUCUCAUAGACAGCGUUCUGCCAGGUUCUUCAUCCAGGUUCCUGCCUCAGGACCAAGACAACAGACUGUGCUUCAGCGUCCGAGCUUUUCGUUUCAACCACUCCUCUGAGGAGCAGAUGUUCAUAAGCUGCCAUCUCAGAGCCACUCCGAAGCAAACAUCUCGUAGUCUCCUUAAUAAAGCCUGCUUCUUCCACUCUCCUACAUUCAGGUGGCGUGCCACAGAGGGAGACAGUGCUCUGUGUGAAUGCUGUGGCUCUGACUGCUCCUUGUGUGUAAAUAUGUGUUUGUUGACAGAGGAGAAACACGAGGCUGACAGGACAAUCGGACCGCUUCACGUUUUGCUUCACUCUUAUUGGACGGGCCGACUGUCGGUCAGUUGAAGACGUUUUCCAACUUCAAACGGAGAGACCUUGUUUGGAUGAAGAAAGGGUUAACAAUUUUCAAGGACCUGCUUCGAUGCUGCUGCUGUUUCACAACCCAGUGGACACACACAUUUUGUAAACCAAAGAUGUCACUUUGUGUCACACAGUGACGCUUUCUAAACAACAUGUUGGGUUUUGAGACCCGAUUGCGUACAUCUGUUUUCAG